AUGUAUAAUCCACCAACGCCAAAAGAUUUAUUUUCGAUUCCUUGUACAUCAGGAACAAUGGGAGUUUCGAAAGGUGCAAUGAUCACUCAUAAGAAUAUUGUAUCGAUGCUCGCUUCGAUUUCAACGAAUACAUCAAUAAUUUCUGUAUUAAAGCCAACUUUCUUUCAAAGUGUUCCCAGAGUUAUUAAUAAAGUCGCCGCAAUGUUAAGAAGUUAUUCCGUUGAUUCUCCUGGGAUUGUUGGUACGGAUGUUACGAAUAUCCUUCGAGUUACAUUCUCCGUUUCUUUUCAAGAAGGUUAUGGUCAAACUAAGUCUAUGGGAUUAGGUUGUGCGACCAUGUAUAAUGAUAUUCUCUAG